AACGAAAUGCUGGAACAGCCUUGAUAUCAGGCCGGUCUCUUCCUUGGCAAUUAAGAAUGUAAAACUAAAAAGCUGACUAAAGUCAAGGGUCACCGAAUACUUACCGUUCCAUAAUACAUGUAGAUAGUUGCUUGGUUAAUAAUUAUUCGCGAAUUCUAAGCAGUAUUCGUUAUUCGAGUGAUGUGUGAACGCCGUCUCGAUUGAGCUAACCUACGUUCUCACACCGAAAUUAAACGUAACUGCUGUCGACAAUAAUGGCAUUUUUGACUAGCAAUAUCGUCGGAAUUUUUACAAGACGAUGUAAAAUUACUUGUAAGCAAAUAAAGUUAACGAGGGUUUGCAUCACGCGUUUUUCCACCGAAGCUGACGCAAAGAAUGAAGAAUCUGAAUCACUGAAACCCCCAGCCGGAGAUGGGAAGAUAUUCAAAUCAGCCGAGGAGGCUAUCUCCGACAUACCAAAUGGAGCCAAGCUGCUGGUCGGUGGCUUUGGCCUCUGUGGUAUCCCUGAAAAUCUUAUCGCAGCCCUUCUCAAAAGGGGAUCCACUGAACUGACGGUAGUCUCUAAUAACGCUGGUGUAGAUGACUUUGGGCUAGGCUUAUUGCUGAAGCAGAAUAGAAUAAAACGCAUCAUUGCUUCCUACGUCGGAGAAAAUGCCGAAUUUGAGAAACAGUAUCUGUCCGGGGAGCUGGAAGUUGAACUAACACCACAGGGCACUUUGGCUGAGCGAAUUCGAGCUGGUGGGGCUGGUAUACCUGCCUUCUACACAGCCACCGGCUUUGGGACAAUGGUGCAGGAUGGAAGCGCAGUUAUAAAGUACGAUUCUAAAGGUGGAGCUGAGAUAUCGGGAGAGCCGAAGCAAGAUGGUCAAUUUAAUGGGCAUAAUUAUGUUCUGGAAACUGCAAUCACCGGUGAUUUUGCACUGGUGAAAGCCUGGAAGGCGGACAAGGCGGGAAACCUGAUAUUCAGAAAGUCAGCUAGGAAUUUCAAUCCUGUUAUGUGCAAAGCCGCAAAGGUAACAAUAGCUGAAGUGGAGGAAAUUUUAGAUGUUGGGGAAUUGGACCCCGACAACAUACAUGUACCUGGAAUAUACGUCAAUAGAAUAAUCAAAGGUCCUUCGUAUGAGAAACGGAUUGAGAAAAUUACAACAAAGAAGGCUGCUAAACCAAAGAAAGCAACUCCUGCUGGUAAAGCCAGGGAAAGGAUCAUCAGACGGGCGGCGCUAGAAUUCAAAAAUGGAAUGUAUGCAAACUUGGGAAUUGGUAUCCCUAUGCUAGCUAGCAACUAUAUUCCCAAAGGAAUCAAGGUCACUCUUCAAUCGGAAAACGGGAUUCUUGGUCUAGGCCCAUUCCCUAACGAAAACGAUGUAGAUGCUGAUUUAAUCAAUGCUGGCAAAGAAACGGUCACCGUUUUGCCAGGCGCUUCUUAUUUUGGAAGCGAUGAAAGUUUUGCCAUGAUUAGAGGUGGUCAUAUUGAUUUGACAAUCCUUGGUGGAAUGCAAGUGUCCCAAAACGGCGACUUGGCGAAUUGGAUGAUUCCAGGAACGAUGGUGAAGGGAAUGGGUGGUGCAAUGGAUCUUGUUGCAGCAUCUAAUACCAAAGUUGUCGUAACUAUGGAACACAAGUCACGUGACGGACGCCCUAAAAUAUUGGCUAACUGUACGCUACCAGUUACAGGUCAAGGAUGCGUCAACCUAAUCAUCACUGACCUUGCCGUAUUUGAAGUUAUACAAGGUGACGGUUUAAGACUCAUUGAACUAGCGCCAAAUGUCGAUAUCACAGAGGUUAUUAGCUCUACAGGAUGUGAGUUUGAUGUUGCUGAAGAUCUGAAAGUAAUGGGUCAAGUGGAAGUUGACGAUGACGCUUAAAACACAUAUAAAGUGUCAAUUUAUUAAUAUGAUGUUCUAAUAUCAGGUAAGAUUUUUUACGCUAAAAUAAUUCAACAGUAGAAAUAAUCGCCGGCAGUUGUAAUAAUAAUUUUCAUCGAGAAUCACCAACCAUUAUGAAUUCAUUAGUCAUUUUCAGUAAUACUUUAUUUUAACAAGGGCAAAUACACAGCGUUGAGUCAAAUAUA